AUGAAGCUAAUCGAGUUCAGACUGCCCCUUCCUCUCACCAAGGAGGAAUACAACACGUGCUAUCGGUACCUAAUGUCAAAAGUGUCAAACGAGGAUGCAGAUAAUACAAUCAACGGAGUGGGAAAGAAUGGAAACACAAAUAUAAGAACCCUAGUGGUAUCUAAAAUGGAAUCAUUUGAUGAUGGAAGUGGGAAGCCAGGAUAUUACAGUUUCAAAAGAAUGAAUUUUGUAAAUAAGAUCCCCAAAUGGGUACUAAAUUUUGUAGAUCCAAAAUGUUGCCUUAUAGAUGAAAAAAUAUGGAGCACUAAUCCCUUUAUGAAGUCAGUGUAUCAAGCUACAGGUUUCCCGAAGGCACAUGUACAGGUGGAAUCAACGUAUCAUAUGGGUUACAAUACGGAGGAUAAUCCCUUUAACAUUUCGGAGGACUUACUAAAAGAGAGACAAGUUGUCCUCAUCGAUAUAGUGAACGAUAACGUAUCCUACACGAGUUACUUACCUCAGGAGGAUCCAACCAUUUUUUACAGUGAAAAAGCACGAAGAGGAAAACUGGAAGAAGAUUGGAUUGAAAAUAGCAAAGUUAUUAUAACAUGUUAUAAGUUGUUUAAUAUAGACGUGCCCUAUUUUGGAAUCCUCUCCUCCAAAUUAGAGAACUGGAUUGUCAGUGUGAUAAAAAACAGCUUAUUUAAGUAUCAUCGUAAGGCACUAUGCUGGAUUGAUGAAUGGUUUGAUUUGACGCAGGACCAGCUACGUACCUUAGAAGAAGGGACACAGAAAAAGUUAGAAAAAUUUUGGGAAGAACUAGGACUCGAUGUAGAAAAGGAUUCAUCCCUGGCUGUACAGUUUAUGGCCGAUCGACAAGCUCGUAAUUCCUUUGCACAGAUUGUUGAUAAUGGUGAUGGUGGAGUUAAUAUCGAAAUGAAUCAAACGUCCAUCGAUCCUAUGAAGAGUGAUUCUUCUGAUGAAGAGAAUGCUCCUACUUCUACGUCUACUUCUUCUUCUUCUCCUCCUCCUUCGACAAAAGAGCAUGCGAAGUUUUCUGGCAUCAAAAGUAGUGCCCCUUCUGGUGUAAGCAGUAGUAGCUCAUUUGAGGUAGCAGAGAAAUCGGAGGAUGAAUCAGGGAGGGGAAGACAAGAGGAGCAGGAGAAGGUGAAGGAGAAGAAGAAGGGAAGGAAGAUAAAAGUAAAAAUUAUAAAAAUGAAAAAGAAAAAGGGAAGCGCAGGAGAGAAAAAAGGGAAGGAUAAUAAACGUAAGAGGAGCUCCAACUCGAAAAAUCAAAAAAAUAUUAAAAAAAAAGGCGAAGAAGAGGAAAAAAUAGAGGGAGGAGAUCCCGAUCCAAGUGAAAGGAAAAGUAACCAAGGAGGAACAGCAGGUUCGAAACUCGGAGAAGCUGCUGCAGCAAUCGAAGCGGUGGAAGAAGCAGAGGCAGCCUAUGCGAAUACGUUAAAUGUGGGGGAGGAGCCACCCACGAAGGGGGAAAAGGCAAAGGGUAGUGAAUCGUCAGAGGGAAAAAGCUCAGAGGAUGAGACGAAGGAGAAAAAAUCAGACAAGUCGUUAUCCUCAACUGGGAAGGAAGAAGAUUUAACCGACGUAGAUGAGGAGGCAAAGGACAGCAUAACGCUCGCUACACCUAGUGAUACCAAAAUUAGGAGCCGAAUUUUGAGAGAGGUGCAUAAAGUGGACGAGGAUAUUCUCCUAAGGGAGGAGGAAGAAGCGGUAGUGCUUCCCAUGGAAGGAGGAGCAUACGAUGGUGAUAACAUCGUGCGGGAGAACCUAAAGAGGGAUGCGGUUCAAAUGGGCGCAGAACCUCGUGUUGGUCGCCCGUCCACAUACGAGGGUGAUCAUCCGAUGGAUGGUGAAUAUGCAGAGUAUUCGCACCGAGUAAACGAAGGAGUGGCCCGCCCAUGGAAGUUACACCACGUCUUCGUGACCAAAAGUAGAAUCACCUCCGUCGAUCGUGGAAUGAUCAUCCCCCUGUCAGAAAGACAAAACUUGAAACGUCUCAAUGGGCGGAGGAUCGGAAAAUUCAAAGGAGGGCACGGCCUAUUUAUGGCCAACCCCUUUACCAAAACGGGGAAGACGUUAAAAUUUGGGAAUGGAAGGCAGAGGAGGAAGUGCACCAUUGAUGGCGCGAAUAAUGCCGAAAGGAUGAAUGAUAUGCUCUUCUCUCAUAAGAGGAAGUACCUUUCGGAGGAACGACCAAAUGAUCUGUUAACCCCAAUGGAUGUGGAAGAUUUUUACCCAAAGACAAAAGGCGGACACGUGGAUAAAUUUAUAUCCUGGAAGGGACACUCAGUGCUAUGUAACGAUAUCGACGCCAUUCUCAAACCCUUUAACGUGGUUAUCAAUGCCAUGGACGGGAGCCAAAUGAUGCAUGGAAGCCAAAUGCUGGACGGGGUUGCAGAGAAUAUGGAGAGUAUACACAAUUACAGGCCAGACAUGAGACGCAAAGAUAUCGACAAAGGCCUUGGUCUCUUCUAUGUCAUCGCAGUGGUAUCCAUUGUGUAUCCCUUUAUUUCAAUUUAUAGACGCUUUAGGUGUCUUUUUUACUUCCUCCUGUCUGCCUUUCUCUGCGCAUGUGCACUCGUUUAUCAUGAGUACUGGAAUCACUCCUGCUUCGACCAUGGCAAUGUGUACCAGUUUUCCAUGGGUGUCCCAGCUAGGAUUAACUCAGUGACGUCCUUCCUAGCUCACCAGAGGAGGCAGCACUCGAGAGAGGAGUUUUACAAAAACGUUCAGAGUACCCUUCAGAAUACCCUUCACAAUAAUCCCCUUUACAAGCUGAACAAGUUGACACUGAACUUCGCAUCGAAUUCGCUCAAUUCGGAUUUCCAGAGCGAUAUGUUCAACAACUUCAAUGAAAUUUUUUCCUCCAAAAAUGUGAAGCAUGCUGAGUAUAAGGGCAGCUCAUCGGGGAAGAAAUGA